ACCGCUUCCCUCCCCAGUCCCCAUUCCACGGUCCACGCCGCCGUCCACCACCACCGAGCGCAAUGGCUCAGACCAGGUCGGCGGCGACGCCCCGCCCCUCCGCCUCCGGCACCUCCACCGCUACCGCCAGGAUCUCCUUCCGCUCCCGCAAGAUCGUCAAGACGCCACCAGGCAAAGCCAAACCCCUCGCCGUAGCCACUGUGCCGCCACCGGCGCCGCCCACUCCGGUGCUGCCCGCGCUGUCCGCCCCGGGCGAGCUCGCGGCGGCGCUGCGCCACCUCGCGGCCGCCGACCCGCUCCUCUCCGAGGUCAUCGCCUCCACCGACGCGCCCGCCUUCACAUCCUCCCCCUCCCUCCCCGCCUUCCACUCCCUCGCGCGCUCCAUCCUCUACCAGCAGCUCGCCACCUCCGCCGCCGCCGCCAUCUACGCCCGCUUCCUCGCGCUCCUCCCCUCCGCCGCCGACGGCGCGGUGAGCCCCGCCGCCGUGCUCGCCCUCGCCGCCGCCGACCUCCGCGCCAUCGGCGUCUCCGGCCGCAAGGCCGCCUACCUCCACGACCUGGCCGCCAGGUUCGAGGCCGGGGACCUCUCCGAGUCCUCCGUCGCCGCCAUGGGCGAGGACGCGCUCCUCGCCCAGCUCACCAGGGUGAAGGGCAUCGGCGAGUGGACUGUCCACAUGUUCAUGAUCUUCUCGCUGCACCGCCCCGAUGUGCUGCCGUCCGGCGACCUUGGCGUGCGCAAGGGCGUGCAGGAGCUGUACAAGCUCAAGGCGCUGCCCAAGCCGGAGGAGAUGGCCGCAUUGUGCGAGCGCUGGCGCCCGUACCGGUCGGUCGGCGCCUGGUACAUGUGGCGUCUCCUCGAGAGCAAGGGCGCCGCGGUGAAGAAGGCGAAGAAGGGCAAUGCGAGCUCCUAGCUAGGUAUGUGUCAUCUGUGGGUGAUGCUAGUAUGUAUUUGUUGUACUCAAGCUGUCAACUUUAGUAGAUGGCAAUGUGGCAGAUGGUGCCUGGAUUAAUGAAGCAUCAUCGUGUGACAUUGUGACUUGUGUGUCUUGCCUUGUUAUCUUGAUGGUUGUAUCUUGGUGUACUUGUCCUGCCUUGUUAUCAAUAAAAUUUAGUUUCAUCCUGUUCUGAUACUUGUAGAGAAGAGGGGAAUUUUUAUGGCUGGAAAUGAUAUGGAAUUGCCGUAUGUCCAUGUCUGUGCACUGUAAUCUUGUAUCAUUGUUCAGCCUUGACUUGAUAUAUAUACAGCCUGUUGACACUUCCAAUUUCUGGAAUGAUACUCGUUAAACUUCUUUUUUGACAGAAUCAUGAUCGUAUCUUAGCCAAUCUGCAGGACUGUUCUUGAUUCUACCGUAAUACCGCCCUAGAUUCUACGAUGCUUAACAGCGAAUAUUGGUGGGCUCAGAUGUCGAUUAUUCUGGCAUUAGGUUCUUCCUGUGGUUCUUGAACAAAGUUUAGUGACCUCUCUUUUAGGAAGGUAGUGGUGACAAGGAUUCUGUGUGCUUUUUGGACCUGUGGAGUCCAAAUUGAACAUGGUGGCCAGCUAAACCAGAUCUUGGGGGGCGACAAAAUGCUACAGGUACGACUUCUUACAAAUACCACAAAUACAUGAGUUUACAUGAUGGUUUAGUUGACGACUUGGUUUGAGGGGAUAAUGAACAACAUGCAGUUCAUGAAUCUAGAUGAUAAUCUACAGCAACAUAGAGACUUAACCUUGGACAUAACCUAAUAAUACUUUGUACACACAAUAUACAACUCCUUUUCUUCCUGCUAUUCUAAUCAAUGCUGAAUUGCCUUGCACACCCCUAUAACAUCAGUCCAUUCUUAAGAGAUCUAGUUUGUACAACUUUGUUCACUGUCCACUGGAGUUUACACUGCUUCAUCCUGAAAAUAUGAAGACACCUGCGCUGUAAGCUUAUCUGAACUCUGAACACAAAUGCAGAUACUCAAAUAGUGUGGAGGCUUGUUCUUUCUUUCUUCUUUUUUGUUCUAUGUAGUCAUGAGGAUAGGUGAAUGUGUGUGUAGAUAGUGUGGAGUUGCACAAAAUGUAGCAAAAAUCUGUAGUAAGAUAGUCCUGUAUCUAAGGCGUACUUAUGUUGAUCUCACUGCAAACUGAAAGCACAUGGAGAUAAAGACUGCAAGAUCCAUCCAAGUUUUUGUUUUAGAAGUAGGGAGAUUUUUCUGAUAGUGUAGCUAGGAUUAAACCACCGAUGGAUUGGACCACAAUCCUUUGGCUAAGUGCCAAAGGAUGGCUGCAAUUAAGAAGUUUGGCUCAUAGAGUUCAUGGUGCCAGUCAUCAUGUAUGCAUGGUGGUAAACCUCUAAAGAAAAAUGAAAAUACAUGAAUACCCCUGCAUGCUGUGCCUUGAGUUAAAACAUCUAUGGUAACGACACGGUCCCACCAAGUAGACAAAUAAAGCAGUAAUUGGUAUGCUUACGCUCAACUGAAACUUGCUACUAGAAGCAGAGCAUCUAAUGUCUGUGCAGUUUUUGGUUGAGAAUUAUACCUUUUAGGUCCAGAAGCCCUGGGUCUUGUACUUGGGGAAGGGGAUGCGUCCGUGCUCGAUGUUCUUGACGUCGUCAACGAGGAACUGGAAGUGGCGGCGCACCUCCUCGGCGGACUUGGUGCCCCCCAUGGCGCUGGCCACCUUCUCCCAGAGGUUGGGGGCUCCCACGCCGUAGUAGGCGAGUGCCUCCUCAAACAUCUUGUUCUCCUUCUUGCUCCACUCUGAGUUCGAGCUCGGUGAGGACAUCCUUGGAGCAGAUUGCAAGCUGCUGUAGCAAUUAGGCAGCGUGGAUCGAUGCAUGCCACCUGCGUGCUCUGCUCACCAACGGAAGCAUCCAUCUCUGGAUGCAUGGCGAUGCCUCCCUCGGCCGUGUGUGAUGCUAACAUGGAUCGGCAGAGUGCUCAUCGUAAGGCAUGCGUCUCAGCCAAUAGGCUGCAAGGCGCCCGCGGGAGCAGGGGAUACGUGGUAUUGAUGGACAGGUGCGCAUACCCAAAAACCUCUGAUCUCGAUGCUCAUUUCCAGCAUUUUCCUGAAACCCCUCUAAUCCAAUGCUACAUACCAAGUGUGCACCCUCAGAUGCUAUCCGAGUCAAUUACAAAUUCAUCUAAAAAAGUAGUACUAUAUAUAUCUCCGCUGACUGCGGUUUUGGGUCUCCUCUCUAAAGAUUGUAAUAUUUCCUCUAAUAGAUGAAACUCAUGUUCAAUUGUAAAAAAAAGACUUUCAAAGCAUGAAGCAUGCCUCUGCAUCUUUCAUUCCAUCGCCAUCGAUGAUAGAGAAGUCCGGGGGGUUGCCCUCGUUCAAAAACGAAUUUUGCUUGUCCAUGCAUUAGUGUAGGGAGCACCAUGAUUGAUUCAUCCAUUUGGGAGAGAAAGAGAUGCAGGGAUGUGGGCUAAGAACCUCCAUUCUUUACAUGUCGUGUGAUCUCCGCCACCCGGUCGACAAACAGAUCCCAAAGAGACGAUGAACACCCCUGGCGGGCUCCGGGGACCGAAGGAAUAUAUCUAUCAUCUUUUCCAUUUCCAGUGGCGUUGGAAAGGGAAUUGACAGAAUGCCAUGCAGCUGCUCCUUGCUUGCUGCAUGCUCAUGGAGUCCUGGGGUUUGCAUCGGAUGCACUGAACAGGGGGCGGCGGGCGCAACUUGCUUUUGAUUCUUGGGGCGUGUGGACCGGUCCAUCCAUCCACCGGAGAUCUAUCCCCCGGAAUCAUAUCUGCGUAAAACCCAUAGCAAAGAUGCUGGAUUCCCCAUCAUAUUUCGAACAAUCGGAGCAAAGCUUUUGAGGAAGAUGCUAGCUCAUGUAAACUAGACUCAUUGCAUGUAUUUCUGCGAGCAUUUUCCUUUAAAUUUCUAUUCUCAUCGGGACAAAUUUUGUCAGUUCAGUAUUGUAACACGUUCAUGCAUGGGUUAACUUCCAAAUAUGGAAUCACAGUAGGUAUGCAUAUA